AUGCCGCGCGGACUGAACAAAGCAGGCGAUCAAAGCCUCCCCGUGUGUCAACAAUGCGCGAAAGCUGGACGUUACUGCGACCGCUUGACGAUUGCCGCGCAGUUUGUUGAGUGGCCAGGGACGACGUCGCUGGGGGCAACCGUAUCUAAAACUGACGAUGACACGACUACCCAAUUCCCCGAAAAUCCACGGGCUGCACUCGAGGAUGCAAGGCUAGCCCGCCUUUUCCACCACUACGUAUCGGAUCUGUCUAGCUGGUACGAUCUUAGUGAUGGGUCGCACACAUUCGCCACCUUGGUACCCGAACUAGCCCUGGACGAGCCGCUGUUAUUCUGCGCUUUGAUGGCCCUGUCGGCUGUACAUUUGAGCAAGACGGUGUCGCGGACAGCAGGAACAAGCGCGAUGGCGCAGUUAUAUCACCGACGUUGCGUUCGUCUGAUGAUUGGGCUUGAGGAGGGCAGUCAUCUACAGGCUAGGGGCGUCGCAUUAGCGGCGACGUGUCUAUUGCGCUCGUACGAAAUUCUUGAUGAAGACGUCGACCCCAACCGACAUCUCCAAGGCGCCUACUCGCUGGCUGCAUAUGCCGGUGUGUCUCUAGGCAUUUUGCAAGGAGGGCUUCUAGCUGCUGGUUUUUGGAACUACCUGCGCGAAGAUAUCACUUUCAGCCUCUACGAGAACUGUCCCUUGAAAAUAGACCUGGAAAUGAUUGGACCCCCGGGCCAUGCGACGGACGAGAGCUAUCUUAACUCAAUAUCAUUGAUACUGGGCCAGCUGAUAAACAGUGCGUUUGCCGCCCGUUCGAUUUCAGUUGAGGAAUGGACAUUACUGUUCAACAAAACCCAGAACUGGUUCGUCAGUCUUCCGUCACGGUUCAGACCGUUUUCGAGUGGUAAAAGGGGACUUGCGUCGCUUGGAGCACUUCCAUCCGUGUGGUUCUUGCGCGCAUGCCACGCAUCCGCCAUGCAUUACUAUCUGGCAUCUGUAUCGAUUUUAACCACAUCUGCACCGACAGAGCAUGCGGUGGCUCUUUUACAAACAUGCGGUGGUAUCGAAACCGUUAACCCUAGCAGCCCAGCACAAGAGGAUCUUCUUGAACACACAGCCCUGGAGCUCUUUGGUAUUGCCUUCACUACUAACAUGUCGGUGGUUCUUGUCAACUCCUUCGGGCCGAUGGCAUAUUGCGGCCGAUUCAUACGAGCGGAAGCAGCCCAACAGGAAAUUAUCCGGCGCCUUUCGGCUUGCAAGAAAACGAUUGGGUGGCCAAUUGACCGUCUUGCCAAAUUGCUGCAAGAUGCUUGGGACUAGCAAUCGGCUAGUAGGGGUUCUUCAGACAGUCUAGGUUAAAUCCUACUCAGGUGGCUUGAGGGGAGUAAACGCUACUGAUCCCCGCCAUGUACACACUAACCCGUCGUGGCUCUAUAUUCCGAGCUCGGGUUUCCGCACAGGUCACUUGUAUUCCUCUAUAGGAACACAAUGUAGUGACAUCGCA